AUGGUACCGCAAUAUAUUAAGAAGGGUUUGACGAAAGAAGAAUAUGAGAGACAGAAGAAUUUGCGCGAAAAUGGCGAUGAUCCUAAUGUCGAAGAUAUUAACGGGGUGAUAGAUGGUGAUACUGCAUUGAUCUCGCCUUAUGAAGAAGCAACGAAGGUUGAGAAGGAAUGGCUAAAGCAAUUUGUGACCCAUGAGGCUCAAGCGACAUUGUUUGAAAAGUUGAUAAAAUAUUUUAACGGAAAACAUCAUACGGAAGAAAUUGUCUUCCGCGAAAAUAUCAAACCUCGAGAGUUGGGAAAAAUAUUGAAUUUGAUGGGUGUAGCGUCGAAAAUAGUUUGGUGUUAG